CAGUGACACAGCAAACUUGAUGUCCGCAUUAAGCAACGUGUCGUCAGAUUGUAGGGCGCUUAUGAUGCACGAUUGGCCAUCAGGAUCAGUGUGCUGUCAGUCAGGAUAAGAGAGGGAGUUUGUAGUUAGCAUGUCUCCAGAGAAACGUAUGAUAGGAGAAGUGUACCUACUUCUUGUUGUGUCAGGUAUGGUACAAACCCAACAAUGCAGGAACGACUCCCGGAUCGUCGCCAUCACCACGGUUAGAAAACUGACCUCACCGCAUGUAUUCUACAACAACCAAUUCGAUGUGUCGUGUUGGUGGAGAAUAACUGCAUCUAACCGAGACGGAACUAUUUGUAUUAUUGUUCAGUUCCCAAAGAUGAACAGCAUCCGAAACUGUAUGAUGACAUACGUGGAUGUCCACGACGGGUUUGACAUUGACGCAAAAAAUACUUGGGAGGUGGUGUGAUAUGGACUCUUCACUGCUUACAACUUCUCGCAACCAAGCCUUCAUCAUCUCCAAGACUCAAUACGUAGUCCAGUUCAAGUUCGAUAUUUGGUAUGGCACAAAAAACUUUUCCCUAGAUCAGAUGAGCGAUGUGUCUACAGGAGUUGAUGCGGCACCUUCGAUGUCAACAGGUGUUAAAAUAGGAAUAGGCGUUUCCGUGAUGAUGGCACUGGUUUUACUUUCUGUGGUGGCAAGGUACCUUAUCCGUAAAUCGUUCUUGGAUCACUCCGAAAACACAAGACGACAAACGCCAUCAGUUUCAUCAGGCGCCGAAAGUAACCCCCCUGAUUACUGGUCAGUGGUUGUGUCUCCGUCAAGGGAGACCGUCGCCGUUCAUGUCGCAGGAAAUGAGCCACCUGCCUACUGGGAUGUCGUGACAGUAAGUGACGGGAAUAACGGUUUACCAUUGCACGAAAACCAAAGUGUUCUAUCAGUGCAAGAGGAAAACCGUGCAAUAUCAGUGC